UAACCGCAAUUACCAAUUCGAAUUGUAAUCAUAAACCACUCAGUCAUUGAAAACGUGUGGAGGAGACUUCAAUGUGGCGGCGCUGUAACUCUUGUUUUCAUAACUUCGUUGGAAACCCUCAAAGUCGGCGGCGAUCGGCAGGCCAACUUCUGUUGCAAUCACUUGAUGGAGAACAACGUUAGCAGAACAACAUUUGAUUGGUAUGAACGUCAACGUUGUCAACAAUGCGCUCCUCAAACGCAAUAGCAAUAGGCAGAGCGUAGAAAUAGUCAAACCUCAGCCAAGCAAACAACUAGCCCCCGACUGUCAGCAGCCGCAUGUCGUCAGGUUUUCGUGCGGUUUCAUUCAUUCGUUGAAAGAUCAUUGCAAACGUUUCAUGUUGCAAAGCCGAAAGCUGGGUGACGCGCAAAAAUUGUUUUUUCUCCCAAUCGCGUUACAAGCAGCCUGACUGACACCUAACAAGUAGCUCACAGCUCAACAAUUUUGUCACGCUGGCGACCAGCAUCAAUCGGAAACGCGUGUACUACUAGCUAACGAGCGCGGCUAUCAAAUAAAUCGCUAGAGCUUAUUAACUCUUCUUCUUCUUCUUCAUCAUUAUCGUCAACGUCUAGUGGCGCAAGUGAUCCGUAAUCUCAAAGCGUAUGAUAGGCCAUCAUCGCUUUUACGGUGAUCGAUACAUUGUGGUUUUUAUGGCCAUUUUUAGUCGCGGUGAAGCCGAAAGUGUCGUCUGUAAUCGCGCAAAGCUUUAUAAAGCUGAAAUAUAAAAACUAAGCGACCACUUUUUGUCAAAGUGAGGCUUGUAAUGAGCAUCAUUAGGUUCGGAAAUAAAAAUCAAAAUAACAACUCGAGAUCAGCGAGCGCGUUUAUUUUUCGAAAUAAAAUUCAAUAACCAUAACGUGUGACGUUUUAACGUCCGGACGCUCAACAACAAAUAAAAAUCUUUGUUAAGCGGCAGAAGGCAUCUGCCUAAGGAGACCAAAACGCAUUGAGGAAAGAACUAUUUAAAAAAAGGAGAAAGAAAAAAAUAAAAAAACUAAAACAAAUUUUUGCAAUUUUCCAUGGAAAACAAAUAAAGGUGAAUGACAGUCAAGUGUCCAGUCGAAGCAACUACAAAGCAUACUCAAGAAAAUUCUGCAAAAAAUCACAAACAAUUGGCAGCAACAAAAAACAACAACAACAACACGAACAAGAAUUCAAAUAUUUACAAAGUAUUUGAAAGUAUUGUGUGUGUGUGUGGCCCGACCAGAGAGCCACGACGUGUGUGUGUGUGUGUGUGCAACCAAUCUCUAGCCAAAACAUAUCCAUUGUAACCCGAGUGAAUGUAUUCCAUUUUGGCCCACAACACAGAUCUACAACGAAGGCUAUCUAUCCAUCUAACUUGGCCAUAACUAUGCUGACAUAUCAGCGCGGUUUCUUUUGUGGUGACCUCAGCAUUAGGUAUCCCUACCAUGAGUGCACCAUUACCGUGCCCAUGCUGCUCGUGUGCAUGCUACUGUUGCCCAUGCUGUUCCUCGGCGUGGUGGAGAUAAUGCGCCUCUGUCAUAACUUCCGUUUAAGGCAAUAUCUGCGAAACACCAGCCUUAGUUUGGGUUGUUUUAGCUUUGGUUUUAUUGCCACCUACCUGAGCACAGAGUUGGCCAAAAAUGUGGUGCGACGUUUGCGGCCCCACUUCUAUAUGGCCUGCCGGCCCCAGCUGAACGAUGGCUCCACGUGUGACGAUCCCAAGAAUCGCAAUCUAUUUGUCGAACAAUACUAUUGUUCGAAUCGCAAUUUAUCCGCUCGUCAAUUGCGCGAACUGUAUGUGUCAUUCCCCAGUGCCCAUUCGUCGCUGUCCUUCUAUGCCAUGCUGUUUUUGGCCUUUUAUCUGCACGCCAUCUGGCGGGGUGGUCGUGGUGUGAAUCGUGUCUUGCGUCAUUUGUUGCAGUUUCUGUUUCUAUCGCUGGCCUGGUUUAUAUCGUUGAGUCGUGUGGCCGACUACUGGCACCACUGGUCGGAUGUGAUGGCCGGUGCGGUAAUGGGUAUUAUCUAUGCCACACUUACGGCCAUCUAUGUGGGUAGAUUUCUCAGCUACUAUACCUCCUCGUCGGCAUCCUCGGCCAUAAGUCCUCAUCACCAUCAUCAUCAGCAGCAACAGCAGCAGCAUCACAUCAACAAACAGUCAUGUUUGCAUCAAACAUCGAACAAGCUGAAAGCCUCGCUGAAACACCACCAACAUGUUGGCUCGAGUACGGUGAGCUUUCAACCGUCGCAGCAGCAGCAGCAGCAUACGCUGAGUCAUGAACCAAAACCACCACAACAACAACAACAGCAGCUUAAACAACAACUUUACAGUGAUCAAAUUUCAGCAGCCUCAACACUGCCAGGUCUCUCGACCACAUCCACCGCCGCUGCCCUGGAUGCAGUCGCAUCAUUAGCCACCACAGUGACCGAAGAAGAGCUGGUGACGUUAACAUCAGCCAGAGAGCAUUUAAUAGCAUCGAAUGAAUCCAUCUGGAAAUCGGGUACAUCAUAACAACAUCAGCACUAGAUACCAGCAUGGUGAAGUGAUCGGUAUAAUUCAUACAGUUAGCUACACAGGGCUACAGGAGGGAAUCUCAGGCACCAGGCGGCUCCGAUGGGCUUCUAUUUUCAAUAGAGGGCUUUUAAAAUGCUUUUACAAAUUACCCUUAAGAGUCUUCAUCUUGUGUGCACAGAAAAAAGGAGAAAAGCUUUAAUUUUCGAUAGCAGUCAUAAAAAGAACUCCUUCCUUUCAAAAAUACCUAAAGAGGGGAUCUCAGGAACCAGGUGGCUUCGACGGCCUUCUAUUCUAAAUAAAGAGCUUUUAAAAUGCUUUUACAAAUUAACCUUAAUAGUCUCCCAUUUGUGUACACAUAAAAAGCGUUAAUUUUCAAUAGCAGUCUGAAGAGCUUUUUACUAGAAGUAGGUCUCCCUCAGAAACCAGACAUCGUUGACGGGCUUCUAUUUUCAAGAGAUCGCUUUUAAAAAGCUCAUAUUUAAUAAAUGAACUUUUGAUGUGCUCUAUUUUGAAAUAAAAUGUUUUGAAAGAGCUUUUAUGUAAAAAAGAGGCCCCUUAAGAGGCUUAUAUUUGCAAUAGAGGGCUUUUAAAAGCUUUUACAAAUUACCCUUAAGAGAUCUCCAUUUAUUUACACAGAAUACAUUCAGGUCCUUAUCGAAAAAAAAUGUUUUCAAUAGCUGGCAUAACUAGGACUCCAAAGGAUGUCUGUUUUCAAUAGGCCUUGAAGGCCCUCUAUAUAUGGGAGUAUAUUUUGUUUUUAUGGAAAACCUUUUCAAUAGAAGUCCAUUAGAAGACCUCUCAGAUGUUUCUUAUGUUCUAAGCUCAGGUCUAGUUCGAAAGGCUUUUAUUUGAUGGAACUAGAGCUGUCCAAGGGACUGUAUGGAGGCAUAUAAAAGUAAUCGCUUAAAUUGAAAACCCUUGCAGGUCCUUGAUAUACCUUUGAAGGGCCUCUAUAGUAUCACAGCCCCCUAGGGACCUUAAAAUGAAUUGAAGUCCUUUAAGAUACUUUUUUCUGAUAUAGAGGCCUUUUAAAGACUUUCCGUUGAAAUGAAUGUCCUUAAUUGGAUAUCUUUUAUGUUGGAACCCUCUAACGGCCAUUAAUUUAUAUGGAGACCCUUUAAAGAUCAUAUUUUGAUUUGCAGACCCUUAGAAUACUUGAAGGGUCUUGAAUGGAAGCCCUUUAAAGUUCUUUUGUUGAUGAAGGGGCACUUUAAAGACCUUCAACCAUGGAUGAUCUUCAAAGCUCUUCUAUUCAUAUGAACGCCCCCAAAGUAUAAUUUUUUAAAUGGUCCUAAAGUUCUUCCCUUCAGGACCUUCUAUUAAAGUGAAGGUUUUUUCUGGUUUUGUUUUGUGUUGGAGUCCUUUUUAAGACAUUGCUUUCAUAGGAGAUCCUUUCUGUUGAAGUUCAUCAAAGUAUAAAAAAAUUCAUAAUAAAUUGGAAGUCCUUUAAAGGACUUUUACGAAAUCGAAAACCCUGUAAAGGCUUAUAAUUGAAAUGGAAGCAUUUUGAGGCCUUUUAUUGAAAAAAAAACUAGUUUUAUAGAAAUAAAAUCUCUUUGAAGGCCUUGUAUUGAAGUCGUAUCCUUUUGAAUGCCUUUGAGGCCUUCUAUUUAUUUCAAUUUAAUUUCUAGGGAGAGGCCUCUGCUUUUAUAGAAGUUAUUUUCAAUAGCAGAACUUUGAACUGAUCCAAUUUCAAUAGAAGACCCUUUAAGUGGUUCUAUUUAUAAUGGGGGCUAUGAGGGGCUUUUUCAAUGGCUCCCAUUUCAAUAGCUUCUUGUUUAAUUUUCAUGGCAGGAAAAUCUUCCAAGACACAUGGUCCUCUCAAAGGCCUUUUUCUGAAAAUGUACGAUCUCAGUAGUCUUGUUUUAAAGAUAUAGGCUCUUAAAAGCCUUUUUAUUGAUGUAGAGCCUUUAAAUGGCCAAAUGAAUCGAAGUCACUUUAGAGGCUGCCUCUAUGGUGCUUGAACAAAGGUCUUCUGAAUGGAAUGAUCUAUAAAGAACUCAUAAUAAUUUGGAAUCCAUUCAAAGGUCUUCUUUAAGGGCCAUGCUUUCUGAAGGAUAGUUAUGAAUAGCAAGCACUUUAAAUGCCUUCUUUUACAUUUGAAACCCCUAAAACCUGUUUCAAAAGCUUUAAAUCGAAUCAGAGCUUCUUAAAGGUCUUAAUCUGAAUUGAAGUCCUCCGAAGGGCUUUUUUUUGACAGAAAAAGCCCUUUAAAGCUUUCUAUUGUA